AUGGCCUCAGCCGGGGGCUUGACUCGCCGAAGAGGUGGCGGUCGAGCCACUGGCCCGGACGAGAACGACGAUAGCAGAGUGUCUUCGCCCGUGUCUCGCAAUGGUUCCGCUCUUGACAACCGCGUUCCGGAGACCUCGUUUACCAGCACCGAAAACGGACAUAAGAUCGCCUUCGACCCGAGAGAUAUCAGCGAAACCGAGGAACGGAACAAACAACCCAAGCUGACGCUGAUGGAGGAAGUCUUGCUGCUGGGGUUGAAAGACAAACAGGUGUGUUUCCGGUGCAAUGCUGUGGUGCGGGUGGUCUGA